CUCAUAUAUUUAUCUAGAUGCAUACACAGUGUUCUCUUCCUGCUGCUGCUGCUGCUCCUCCCGAGCUGGUGCCAGGAACACCGACGGCGCCGUCAGGCAAGCGACGAUGCAAGCCUUAGAGAAGGUCGCCGACAGAGGCGACGAGCGGGCGAUCGGCGCGGUCCUGGCCGAGCUGGCCCACGAGAACGGCCAGGUCAGAUGGGCAGCGGUGUGGGCGCUCGCGCAGGUGGCCAACAGGAACAACCAGGGCGCGAUCGAGGCCCUCACCAAGUGCCUCGAGGACAAGGACUGCUCGAAGGCGGCGUCGGAGGUGUUGCGCCUCCUUCAGUAGG